UUCCUACAAGUGAGUAACUUCCCUCACAAGCAGGUUUUGAACUAUGAGAGUAUGAAGCUUUUGUUUUUCCUGUGGACUUUGCCAGUAACUUCAGCAGCAAACAGUUCAUCUGUGUUUAGAAUCAGAUCAUCAUCCUAUCAUGUGGAAAGCUGAGUUUGUUAGUGUGGCAUUGUUGAUUUACACACUAUCCACCUCAGCAACCCCAGACAACCGCGUCACUUGUGUCUACUCUGAGAAAUGUAUGUUACCUUGCAAAUCUGACUACCAUAGUAUCAUUCACUGGUAUAAGGAUAAAGCACCAGUCCAUUCAUUCUACCGCGAUGCAGACCAGUUGGCGCAUCAGUCUGAAGAAUACAAAGGAAGAACAUCUCUGCUCCCAGCAUCUGAAAUAAACACAGGGAAUGUAUCUCUCAUGCUGAAAAACAUCAAGAUUCAAGAUGAAGGCAGAUACAAGUGCUACACCGCCAAUGAUAAAAGUAAUCAUGAGCAGUUUGUGUCUGUGUCUGUAGAAGCUCCAGUUAGGUCAUUGAUUAUCACAUUAGUACAUGAAACGGUCACCUGCACCACCAGUGGAGUUUAUCCAGAACCAGAUGUCCUGUGGUCUUCAUCAAACCCCCUGGCAAAGGAUCCAUUAAACAAUUUCAGCAAAACAGAAGAAAACCUGUCAACAGUGACCAGUAUAAUUAAAGUGCGCGCCAUCAAUGAAACAUACAAAUAUAACUGCUCAUUAAUCAAUAAAGACACAGGAACGAUACGUUAUACAGCUAUUCUGGAACAACAAGAACUCCCUGUGACUGAGUUCGAUUACGAAUGUCCGGUCACUAAGGGCUUGGACUAUACUCUUAUCUUGAAUUUCUCCACUACCGUCUUUAAAUAUGACACCAAAGCAUCUAUAAAUGAAAUCGCAGACCAAUGGAAACCCAAAAUCACAUUUCAUCCAGAAACUGGAACCAUUAAACUCUCCCAUCUUAAUGAAGAACAAUCAGGGAAAUACACAUUGGACUGCACUACAGGCCAGUACAGACACAUUGUAACAGCUACACUUCUGCAAGGAGGUAUGGAAAUUGCCCACAUAAUUAUCGGUGUUAUCGUCAGUUUUAUUAUUAUUGCUGCCAUUGUUUUAGUCGUAAUAUACAGAAAAAAACUGCAGAAGAUAUUUUGUAAAAAACAAAAGACAUCAGAUCAUAGCUCUGAAGAGAUGAAGGAAAAGCAAGGAAAAACCAAUGGAACAUCCAAACUGGAGAACUCUGUGAUAUAAAACAAACUUUGCCUCUCAUUCAACAUUCAACAGGAAAAGGCCCUGAACAAACUACCAGCAUUAAGACCUUCAAGCUUGAAGAUUUUAGACAAUGUUUUUUUUUGUAUACUGAAGGACUUCCGUCUUCUACCCUUCUAAUUUUCAACAUGCUUCAACCUCUGACAGAAGAGGAUAGAUCAGAUUCCAGUCAUCAUUCCAUCGACUCAAUGUCCUAUCCAACAUGAAACCAGUUUCUGUGAAUUCCACAGCAGACCGAAAAAAACAACCACUAAAAGGUGUCACUGAGACAUCUCAUCUCAAGUUUUAUCAAACAUUUAUGCGUGCGUGAAAAAUAGAGAUUUUGAAGAAUAUGGGUAAAAAGGCCAUAAGUUUACCCGCAUUUCCAUAUAUAUA